CGUCCACUGGCGACGGAAACAGCAGGACGUGAUCGGCACCUAUCGUACAUCUCGAACCGACCGCGUCCAUUCGGCAAUGAAGAUUCGUCGCAACCGACACGCGGUUUCCUGGGAUCGACGGCGGCACAACAAAGGCAAACCUCUUCCUCUUCCUCCUCCUCAUCCUCGCAGCAGCAGCGGAUUCCACCAUCGGCCGGGCGGAACAGUUUCAGAUCGAAAUCGGAAGACCUGGGUGGAAGUGGCAGCAGCAGCAGGCAUCAUCAGAACGAGACAAAUAACGGUAGCAGAAAUGGCAGCAACAGCAGCACUAGUAGCAGCCGGUACACCAAGCCCACGUUGAAGCCUAAUCGAAUCCGAUCUACGACUACGGCUGAUCCGGUCACUGCCAAAAGUACUACGGUUGAGAGCGUGGUGCUGAGGAAUCGCUUCGCUGGACGAACACCUGCACCCAACACGUACCGCCCAGCAUUUGACUCUAAAAAGGUCAUCCCUCUGAACAGCGCCACUACCCCUCGUGGUCCCAUCAUCAAUUCGGCCAAGCCAAAAACAACUACCACCACCACAACAUCCCCCACGCCGAAAUUGGCGAGCCAAUCUCGGUUCAUCCACCUGCCAGCCCGUCCGGUGAUUCCUUCGAUCAACAUCACACAUAACGGAUCGGCCAAGUCGGCGGAGGUUAUCUACGAUUACGAAGAUUACGCUGAAGAUGGUAAGGAUACGAACGAGUUUGUUGACGAACAGCAAGAUAUCAAAGAUUUUAAGCCAUCGCAAGCGCAGAAGAACAAUCCAAAGAAAGGAAAGGAUGAACAGGAGGUAGCGGUGAGCACUACGAGCAGCGCUCCUACCAGUACAACUACGAAGGCAUACGAGAACGAAGAUCGGGGUGGUAGUUUGAACAACAUCAACGAGAAUGAAUACUACGACGUGGUGAAGGAAGGCGAUAGUCAAACCAGCAAUGCCGAACAGAUUGAAGAUCAUACAGUGAUUCUGACUGAUAACUUCUACUCGUCGAAUUCUGGAUCGGAGGAGAUCCUUGAUGGGGAAUACGAAGAAGAAGAAGAAGAAGAAGUGGAAACUGAGGAACCUAAAAAGGAAGUAUCAUCAGUUUCACCGGCUAAGGAGGACAAAAAGGAAGCCGAUUCGGCUUAUGAUGAUGAGUACGUUUACGAUGCUGAAGAACCAGCAGUUAGUACGACUGUGAAACCGGAGGUCAAACCUGCCAGAGGAACGGAAGUUGAAGAUCAACCCGAUGAUAUCGACACCUUGCUUUACUCGGAAGAAGAUGCGAUAGAAGAACCGGCCGUCGCUCCUGUAUCGAUAGAAAUUGUAGCAGAAACCACGAGUGCUGUUCCAAUUGUGCCAACUUCUACGACCAGUACAACACCGACUACAUCUACGGAAUCGACAACUUCCGAACCAAGCACUACGUCGGAGCGACCGGUCAGUAGCUCAAUGGAAUCGGAAGCAUCCUCGAAUGUGACUACCGAAAGUUGGGUUGUGGUGGCUUCAGUGCAAACUAGUAGAAGUGUAUCAGGUGCUCGAUUCUUACCCUUCCCUCAGGUUGAACAGGAUGAAAAGAAGCAAAGUUUGUCGGAGCUUGAUGCCAAGAACAGCAACGAGAAUGAUGACUUAGAUUUGACCACUGUCAGCAGUCAAGAAGUAGAAAAGACUACUGUUGCUCCACAAGAACCAGUCAUUUCAGUAACGGACGACUCGGAAACUCCGACAACUGAGAAAACACUGAAUGCUCAGUCUACCGAAAGUAUCAUCGACAAACUGGAUAGAGUUCAGUCUGAACUAUCGAGUGGUGUACUCACCGGAAAGUUCCCAGUAUUGAAGGAAAUGGUUACCGAAGACAGCAAAGUUCCGAACUCGUCACUACCUCCGGUUGUUAUUCGAAAGUUCCAACCAAAUGGUAGAGCUUCCACCACCAAGAAACCACGACCAGUGUUCACAACAUCCCAGAGACCAACGCCUAGUACUGAUAACAUAGUGAAGAAAAUCAAUUUUGAAGCCAUCGCGGUAGAUGAUAUUGCUGCUCUGCUUCCACCGGACUACAAACAAAAGAAUGCUUUUAAGUUGAAGAAGUUUGGAGCGAGCAGUACAACUUCUGAGCCAUUAGCUGCUGCCAAGGACGUUUUGAAUGAAGAACCAUUGAAGCCAGAGAUCGGAAACCGAUUCCGUCCCGCGAACAUAAGUCGAUCGUACAAGAGUAACGUUCCUGUGCAAGAGUUGAGCUCACUUCUGCCGAAGGACUACCGGUUGAAUCGUACGGAAGAGGAAGUCAAGACAACGAACAACUUGAAGGAACUGAUCAGCAAGGUCAAGGUUAAUGAGAAAGCAAACGGUACUGUGGAUGUACUCAAAAAAGCGCAGAAAGUUGAUAUUAGCUCUUUCUUACCACCUGGUUACAAGCCACCCGCAGAAUCUGGUCCAAGCACGAAGGCUCCAAAGUCGUCUGUUAUCGAAGACGACGUGAGCAAACUGCUUCCUCCGGGCUACAAGAGCUACAAGACAACAAAGAAACCAACUACCACUGCUUCGUCCGUUAUCGAUGGCGAAGAUGCCAAGUUCCUUCCUCCUGGUUACAAGCCACCCAAAGAUGAACCCAAAGUAGUGUUCAACGAUGAUAUCAGUCAGUUACUUCCACCGGGUUACAAGCAUCCAAAGCAGGAAACAUCCACCAAAGCUUCCAUUGUUUUCAGCGAAGAUAUCAAUAAGUUCCUUCCACCGGGUUACAAGCCCUCUGCCGAAGAGAAAAUACCUGUACCAGAGGUCAUCGAUCCCAUAAGCCUACUGAGCAAGAUCCAGUUCAAGGAUGUCUCGUCAUUGCUUCCUACCGGAUUCAACAAAACAAAUCUUGAAUCACCUGGCCCCACCAGUAAUACUGGAAACUCUGGAAACAGCUUUAAGGUCGUAUUCCCAAGUCGACCGGGCGUCAAAAAACCAGGCGUGGGCCGUAUUACCACUCUGAAACCACUCCUAGCCGAGGGACCAGGGACUCCCGAUAUAAUUAUCCGAAAGGGACCGCCUACCCGAGCCACAACCGAAUUCACCGGCUGGCCAACACCCUCAACGACCCCACUUUCGAUCGAAAAACUUCUCGAACAACAGAAACAGCAAGAACUGUUAGAGAAGAUUCUAGCUUCCUCUACUACGACAACGACAACUACUACGACCACGACCACUACAACCACAACGCAUAGACCAACGGAACCAGGUUUGUGCCAUUCGGAGUGUGACCUGGCCGGUACGAUUCGCAUUGUUGACGGCGUCAACUGGGUACCGGAGCUGCUCGAUCACAAUACUGCCGAAUGGAAACAUCUGGCAAAGGAAGUUGAGGCUCAACUGAACGAAGUCUACAGCACUGCUCAGAAUCUUAGCAAGUGGUACAAGAAGGUGCGCAUCGACAGCUUUAACAAGGGUAGUGUACUGGUGGAUUACUUUGUUGAGUUAACUGAUCUAACUGAGGACGUCAACACGCUGGAGAUUAGGAGACUUUUCCACGAUGCGUUGAUGCCCGCACCGUUGCCAACUACCACUGCUGAGCCUAGCACGGAUUUGGACGAAGAAGAUGAUGGAGAUUCGCAGGUGCAGAAGAAACGGACGAAGGAAAACUUACAAUCGGCGGUUCCCCGCGUGAAGGAGGUCUUCUUGUUGGGUAGAUUCAAGGUCGAUCCGGUUUCUACUGAUUUCACCGUUAUCCCGAAACAGAUUCUUCCACCGGUAGAUUCGGAGGAGGAAGAUCUUCUGCUACCCCAGUGGGCAAUAGCCGGUAUUGUCAUUGGAAUGGCAUCGCUUCUAUUCGUGAUCCUUUUCGGCGUCACUGUGUUAAUAAAUCGUCAAAAGGCAGCCAAGAAGAAGGCUCCAACGCCACUGACAGCUGACAUGCUAAACGAGCUGAACAAGAACCACAUGGGAGGCAUAGACAACUUUGGCUCGGAAGAUCUGUACAAUCUGGAUGAUGCGUGGGAUGACCAUGGGCACGAUGUGAAACCAAAGCAGCGCUUCUCCAACUCCAUGCACGGCAGCAGUGCCUCGAAUAUCUACGAUAGCUGGCGCUCGCAACGUCAGCCCAAUAACGAUAACUACUACUAUGACGACUACAACCUAAAGGGUUCGCACUACCCGCCGUCCGGUCACCAUCAUCACCACCGGUUACCCGAUGCGGCUUUCAUGAUGCACGAGCCACCGCCACCGGUGAUGGCCAUGUAUCCACCGUACCAUCAUGCCCCGCCACCACCCAGCAGUCACUACAAUACGAACUCGCGACGAUACUAUCGAGAUUAUGAUCCUAACUUCUAGGAUGCUAGCCCAUUUCAUCCUUUCCUCCAUCAUCAUCAUCAUCAUCCCAGUCAUCAUCAUCCCACAAAACAAGUCGUCGUCGUUUAGUUAUAAUUUUUUUUUCUCCUAAAAAUCAGAUCAUCCAUCUGAACCCAUUUGCUGAGUUGUACCUUUGCUCAGAUGCUAGUGCUGUAGCUGCAUACUCCCUUAUCCUUCAAUUCCUUUUUUCUACUCAGUUUACGUCGAAUAAGGCCCUUAUCGUAUAGUAGGAUAUUUUCUAAUGUAAAUAAAUUAUUUAUUUUGUAAAAAAUGAAGCAAAAUUACGAAUGAGAUAA